AGAGAGAGAGAGAGAGAGAGAGAGAGAGAGAGAGAGCACCCGAGCUAGACAGCUUAUGGGGAAUAUUGUUGUGUUUUAGACCAACAUUGUGGGGAAAAACGGUGCUUAUGGGGAUUCCCGUCGUUCCCCACAAAUCGCUCCCCCAUAUAUUCGUAAUCAGCGUGAGCGAAUCUUUAAUAAAAAAAAGGAAAGUAGAAAAAUGCUAUUUUUAUACCAUUUCAACACUCUCAUAUUAUCACACGACCAUGAAAUGGAGGUGUAGGAAUCAUGGGAAAUUUCUACUCGGAAUGCUUCUAAGUUGUAGCAUUAACACGUCAUGAUUUUGGCGCGAAAAUAUUCGGCGGAGUCCUGAGCAGGCUAGGGUAUUGCGAGGAAAGCAGAACAAGCAAGAACAUGGGACGAAGCAAAAAAAAACCCAAGCCUUACAGAAAACAAUCUGAAUCAAAUCAGCCUAAAGAUGGAUCCUGUAUAUUUGUGAAGCUUGACAAGGGAGUGUGGUGGCCAGGAUAUGCCUCGGAGGGAAAAGGCUACUUCUAUGAUGAAGAUGAAUAUAACAUAACCCUCAACAAAUCUAAUUGGAAAUAUACAGUCAGUGAUGAACAGCUGAGGAAAUCACUAGACAAACUGAAAGGUAGAAAUAAAAGGAAAUUUUUUGAUGAUUUGGAAGCAACAAAGUCAAAGAAAGGCAGUGGAAUGACAGGACAUGCUGAUGGACAAGAAGAGAUAGUAGAUGAUAACAUUGAUGAACAAGAAAGGCUUGAAGAGAAUAGCAAGGUAGAUGAUGACCAAGAGAAGAUAUUGGAGGAUGGACAGAUGAAGGACGAUGACCAAGAGAAGAUAGUGAAGGAUGGACAGAUGAAGGACGAUGACCACGAGAAGAUAGUGAAGGAUGGACAGAUGAUGGAUGAUGACCAAGAGAAGAUUGUGAAGGAUGGACAGAUGAUGGAUGAUGACCACGAGAAGAUUGUGAAGGAUGGACAGAUGAUGGAUGAUGACCAAGAGAAGAUUGUGAAGGAUGGACAGAUGAAGGACGAUGACCAAGAGAAGAUUGUAAAGGAUGGACAAAUGGUGGAUGAUGACCAAGAGAAGAUUGUGAAGGAUGGACAGAUGAUGGGUGAUGACCAAGAGAAGAUUGUGAAGGAUGGACAGAUGAAGGAAGAUGACCAAGAGAAGAUAGUGGAUGAUGGACAGAUGAUUGAUGAUGACCAAGAGAAGAUUGUGAAGGCUGGACAGAUGAUUGACGAUGACCAAGAGAAGAUUGUGAAGGAUGGACAGAUGAAGGACGAUGACCAAGAGAAGAUUGUGAAGGAUGGACAGAUGAUGGAUGAUGACCAAGAGAAGAUUGUGAAGGAUGGAAAGAUGAUGGAUGAUGACCAAGAGAAGAUUAUGAAGGACGAUGACCAAGAGAUGUUGGAUGAUGAACUAGAAAGGAGAUCAGAUGAUGAACUAGAAAGAAUAUCAAAUGAUGAACUAGAAUGGAGAUCAGAUGAUGAACUAGAAAGAAUAUCAAAUGAUGAACUAGAAUGGAGAUCAGAUGAUGAACUAGAAAGCAUAACACUAACAGAUGGUCAUGAUGGAAACAUGAGUUUCAGAUAUGAUGGAAACAUGGUCAUGCUGAAGGAAAACAGAGAAGCCUUUAGUGCUGUUAAAGAAAAGCCGGAUCUGGAGCAAGUAAUGGAUUCUUGCAGCGAGGACAGCAACUGCUCGCUGAUUUGGCCCAUAUUGAGUGUUAGUCUGAGAAAGACCAGAAUCUUAAAGAGAUGGCAAACCAAUGACUCACAUAAAGACAGUGAUAGUAGUGUUCAUGACUAUGAUUCUGACAGCAGAGACCCUUCUUAUAAGCCACAGAAGCCUGAUAGACUUGAUGAUGGUGAGACAGAUGCAAGUGACCACAAUGAUUCCAGUGCAUUGACCAUCACCAAGAAAAGAAAGAGCCUUCACUGGAAAAAGAAAGAAAGAAAAAAAACAGGGUGCCCUGGACCAAAGCUGACACUGAAAUCCUUAAGCGCAUAUUUCAUCCAUGUAUUACAUCAAAUAAGCCUCCAACAAAAAAUGAUGUUUUAUUAGGGACAAGGAAAAACACUUAUGUGAAAACAAUGUUCGAAAAAAGAGGCUGGAAGUGUAUUAAGUAUUACGUUUGGAGCCUGACACAGCAGCAUCAGAAAAAAAAGAUGAAGCUUUUGCAAGCAUCUUCUUUGCGGAACUAAAUCUAUGUUAUGUUCGUCAAGAAAUGUUUUGAUUCCAAUAAUGAAGAGUGUGCCGUUUUUGGUGUUUUACUUUACUUUUAUUUACUUGUGACGACGAAAUGACUCGGUUGAAUUAAUUCCAUUUCUUGGAAGAACCUAGGAUAGAAUUAUCUACGUACAUUUGUUUUGCAUCCAAUGAUGCACUGUAUAUGUACUUAUAUCAGCAAAUGUUAAUUGGUGCUCUGAAUGAGUUAGACAUUUAGUACAUACAAUUUUCUCCUCACAAAAUAUAAAUAAUUUUCUUGCGAAUUCCCUUUGAACAUUUAGCUUGAAUCCUUAUGUCUCCAUCACCGUCAGUCUUUGCCUUUGUGGCAAAAUCCUCAAUGUUUAUUCUAAGGCUUCUUCUGUUUCUUAAUGAUAAUUCCAUUCACUCUCCAAAAUAACUCAUCUUAAUUUGAUCCAGGGAAAUACCUGUGUUUGACAUUUAAGUGGCAAUGCAAGAUAUACAAGCGAAUGUUUAUUACCACUAUUUUUCAUUAAAAAAGAUAAAAUUAGGACCUGUUUCAUUUGUAUGGAUGAUUUUAAAUAUAUAUAAUCAAUGUCAUCAAGGUCAUAUAUUGGAAUAAGAAAUCCUGACCUUUUACAUAGUACUAUGGAAGUAUUAGAGAACUCUCAAUGAUAACAAAUCUCAGAUAUAGUGCAGAGGAAAAUGUGAAAUGUUACAUUGUAUGCGUUUAUUUAAUGCAAUAUUGCAUUCAAUAUUAGUAUGAUGCCAUGUUAUUUUCAACUUACUACAUUUCAUGUUUAAGCCUAAGGCUAUUUGGAUAUUUAUACCCUUCGAUGCAAAACAAUGCAAUGUUUGAUAUCUUUUGAAGACUGAGAGAUUUGUUUUUUUGAAUUUCAGUUAUUGUUUAAUUUGGUAUUGAAGAUAAAAAAUGUUCACUGUUGAUUUGAUUGCGAUCUUUACAGCUAGUGCUAGCUAUCUAGUAGUUAUUAUUUGUUUUUGUGUGAAUAAAUCCAUUGUAUCAAUCACAUCUGUUGAGUUGAUGGAUUCAGCAGGUGCUUGUGGGGAACAACUUAGUAUCUCUCUGUGAAGAGGGUUUAUGAUGAAUACAUUCUCACUGAUAAGUGCUUGUGGGGAACAACUUAGUAUCUCUCUGUGAAGAGGGUUUAUGAGGAAUACAUUUUCACUGAUAAGUGUUUGUGGGGAACAACUUGGUAUCUCUCUGUGAAGAGGGUUUAUGAGGAAUACAUUCUCACUGAUAAGUGUU